AUUACAAUAUGCCAUUCAUUUAUCUCAGCUUUUUAAUUUCAUUUGUAGAUAUGACUAUCAUAGACUAAGGUGAUUCCAUUGUUAUCAUUUCUCAUGUUUUGCUUUAGAUUUGUUUUGUAGAACUUGUGUUCAAAUUGGAUUUGAACCAUAGCUGAUAAGCUUUCUAAUUAAGUUGAUUAAGAGUGUGAUUAGAUAAGCUAAGAAUCACCUUUGAUAACUUAUUUACUAUUUUUGAUAUAAAAAAAAGAAAAAAAAAAGUUCUCAAAAUACUUUUAGUUUGCAUCCUAACAGGCUAUUCCGCUAUUACUAAGUAGAACAAUCAAAUUCCUGUGUCCUAAUUUAGUUUAUUUCACCUCUAAACUUUGCCUUCAACUAUGUUAGAAAGCUAAAUCUAAGCUUCAAUUUGAUUUUCUAUAGCUGAAAAAUGAAAUAGAAGCCUGAAAUUAGAAGGAUGAGUACAAUUGAAUAAACAUGACUUCAAUUUUUGAUGAAAAAAAAAAUGACUCUCUAUGUUGUCUUUUUGGUAGAGAAUAGAGAUAGUGGUGUUGCAUGAGCAAAUGGGUAGAGGAAGAGGAAAGGGUAAAAAGUUAAGAGUUAGCAAUGAGGAGGAUCUGGAUCUGAUAAGUGGUGAGGAAGAAAAGGUUCCUCUGGCAAAAAGAAGAGGAAGGCCAUCUCAAAAGGUGUUUAAGGAUGAUUUUGAUGAAGAAGUUGUUGAGGAAAUAGAAGAGGAUGAUUAUAGUGGAGAGAAGGUAAUUAAGAAAGUGGUGUCUAGUAAUGGAAGGAAAAGAAGGAAAGAAAAUUUGCAAGAGGUUGAGGAGAAAAGUGGAACAAAGUCAAAGAGUGAUGAGUUGACAAAGUGUAACGGAUAUCGACACAGACGUAAAAGCAAACCCCGUCGAGCUGCAGAAGCUGGUGUGCAGUGGAAGCAAGACUACUGUGCUUGAUUAGACUCAUCUUGCCACCCAUAUCAAUUAUCAACAGCUACAAUUACCAAUUCAUUUCAUUUUUUUUAUUUGUGCCUUUCUUUUUUUCUUUGCGGGUUUGAGCUUGAGGGCUUCAUUUGAUGAUUCCUUCUCAUUAUUUUCUCUUUUUAUUUCAAGCAUGAAUUGCGAAAUUUCUUAUGAUAUUUGCAAAAAAAAUUUCUAAUCAUUCUAUUCGUAGGAAUAUUCAUA